CUCCGUAGGAGAGUGCUGCUCGACAUAGAUGCACAGAAGCCGUGGGAAUUCCACACUUCUACUCCCAUCCGGUCAGUCGCCUUCUCUGCCAUUGUGUCUCUGCCAUACUUGGUCAUCCGAUAUGUGACCAUUAUAGCAUCAUAUUUUGAAGUUGAGAUCCUGACUCCGCGCAUAUUGCUUGUAGCCCCUCGGAUAUACAUGACUCUGCUGUCUUUUGUCGCAGAUUUCUGUGUUUACAGGAUAGCCAGGAUGUGUUAUAUCCGGCCGUGGCAAUGUGUUGAAGUGUUUGCUAGUUCGUACAUCAUGCUUGUGUAUGCUACAAGAACAUUUUCCAACUCACUGGAGCUGAUUCUCAUUGCCAUCUUGUACUGGAGAGUAUGUGAGUCCAUGGUGGAGAGUGGGAAAGUUAUGAGGCAGGAGAAUAUUCUGAAGGACUUGUAUGAGACAGCUGACUCCAUGCAAGAAAAGGUGAAGUUGACGCGCAUGAAGACCAAGCUCCCACCUUACAACUUUAGGGACAGUGCCAUCAUAUCAGCAGUGGUGACCUUGGGCGUGUUCAUUCGGCCAACAUUCCUGGCCUUCUCCUUUGUUCCUGUGGCCUAUUGGCUUCAGAGGGGUGUUGUAACAAAGGAGGUGGACUUCUCGUACUUCCACCUGCGUUGCAUGAGCCUGCUGCCAGGUGUUGUGAUAGUUUUCCUGACCUGCAUGCUGGCUGACUCCUUCUACUAUGGCUCCCUCACCUUCACGGAGCUCAUCUUCUGGAAUGUGACAAGCAACUCCUUCACAGUGACACCCAUCAAUUUUCUCAUGUACAACAUAAAGCAAGAGAAUCUAGCCACUCACGGACUUCACCCACAAUACCUCCACUUAGUUGUCAAUCUACCUAUUCUGCAUGGUGUUCUUGGGGUCCUUGGUCUGUGGUCGGUUUCCAAGUAUGCAGCCAACUUAUGCCUCAACAAGAUUUCAAAAAAGCCCAAGGUGUACAGUGUGGCCACAAUGCUGCUUUUGAGCUUCAUCUUCCCUGUUAUGGCUCUCUCACUGAUCCCACACCAAGAGCCGAGGUUUCUGUUGCCAACUCUGAUUCCACUGGUCAUCCUGCAUGCUGAUGACAUCUUCCUUUACUCACCAAGCAGAAGGAGGCUCACCAAGCAUUUUAUCUUUGCCAUGUGGCAUGUGUGGAACAUCUUUUGUGUCAUUGUUUUUGGUUUCCUCCACCAAGGAGGUGUGACAAAGACCAUGUUCAAGGUGCACGAGCACAUAUUGGAGCGGCCUGCACAUACAAACAUGCACAUUGUCUUCUCUAAUAUGUAUACUCCACCAACGUUCUUGCUCCUACGCCGUGUGAAUGUCAUUGCCAAAACUGAGGAAGGGCGCAAGUACAGGAUUCCCAAAUCAGUGUUCACUUACAAUGCGGGUGGCUCUCGCACAGUGAAUGACUUGCAUGAGAUUGCUGCAGAGGUCUAUGGUGAAGCCAUCACUAACUCUACCAAUGAGGCAGAUGUCUUGUUGUGCCUUCCUGCCAGCCUCACCCAGGAAUUGUUCCGGUCAAAGCCUGAGAAUGUGUCUCUAAUUCGCUUGCAGAGGGUCCGAGGCCACCUCACUCUGGAGGAUCCACCUGACCUUAGCCUUAAGAAUGCCAACUUUACCCGCUCAUGUGGCCAGCUCUGCCAGUUCCUUGACCGCCUUGACCAGUUCAGCAUCGACAUCAUCCGCAUGAAGUUUGACUCAGACUUUAUGAAGCCCAAGAAUCGGCUGUCAAAGGACCUGACUAUGGAUGUUGACACUCCUACAUUUCCACUUGAUGAAGAAGAAGUGUGCAAGGAUAAGGAAGAAGAGGAGGAGGAGCAGGAGGAGGUGGGGAAAAUGGAGGAGGAGGAAGAUGAGGAGGCGGCGGCAGCAGCAGCAGCAGAGGACGAGAAGGAAUUCCAGGAAUUUGUGGAAUUUGAUGAAGAGGAGGAUGAGUGGCCACUUUGAGAAUAGGUUCAGUGAUGUAGAAAGACAUUAUUUUAGACACUGUUAAGCAAAACAAGUGGAUUUUAGAGAUUCCUCUGCAAAAUUCAAAAUCAUUCAUUCCAACUCCUCUGUUAUUGUUUUGAGUAAUGAUUUUUAUCAAAUGCAAUCCAGAAUUCAGUAUACAUAUUAAAGUUUAAAUGCUAUGUACCAAAGAAAGCUGUAUGAAAUCAUUAUGCACAAUACAGGCUUCACAAAAUCCAAGUGAAAUGAAAUGACGGUUUCAGAAAUGAAGAGUAUCUAAAUGGCUUUAACAGACACCAAAGAUUUUAAUGGUGACAAUGACAGCACAACUUCAGCACAAAUAUCAACUAUUUGUAACUUAUAAUAACAAAACUUACCACCUACUAUGUAACUUGAUGUUACUUAAUAACAUUUUUUCCUGCCAGUUAUCUGUGCUCGUGUCAGUUAUAUGUAUGUAUGUCAUUUAUGUACCAACAUCUACAGUGGUAUUGUUAAGGACUCAGAAAGUGAAGUUCUUUUCAACUAAGUGAUCUUAGAUAUUAAAGCUUCUUUUGACAUAAUCUUUUUUUAAAUAUUUCUUGUCAUUUUCCUAGAUAAUGGAAGAUGACUGCUUUUGUAAGUAUUUUGCAAUUUUAACAAAUAUACAGAUAUUCAGUUUCUUAUUAAAACUUGCAUAAUGGUUUGCUUGAUAGGGUUAAGUGCAAAGAUUGCAUGUCUCAUUUCCAAAUAUUCCAUGUUGACAUCAUUUUUUUUUCUAGAAGGAUAAAGUAUUGUGUGAGACAAUUCACAUGUUAUCUCCUACUAUGUGAGGGAGCUCAGACUUUGCAGUGAUAUAUUUUAAUAUGGAUAUCACAUCUAUAGUUAUAUCAUCUUUGAGUGCCAGUUUUGAUAAAGUCUAGUCAGUAUUUGAUUAUGGUUGCACAAGUUGAUGAUUAUGGUCUGUACUUCAGAAGUUCAGAUAUUUUUAAGCUCAGUAAAUGUAUGUUGCGCGUGGAUUUGUGAUGGUCCGACAGUGUGUUUUUUCUAUCAGAAUACACUUUUAAAUGUAAAUUUUCGUAUAUUCCCAAAUGCCAAUGCAAUUAUGGCAUUCCUGUGUGGAUGUGGAGAACCUACGAGGACAGAUCAUACCUCUUUCUCCAUUGGUCGCAGAAGUUCUCGAGAUUUACUUUUCAUGGCUAUGUGCAAAAAAUGUGGAGGUUACACUUUAUUAGAAUUAUUUAAAAUUGUAUUAGUUAAUAGAUUGACAGAAAUCCUUCCUUUCAUUUAACUUCUGUAAACUUUAUUUAUUUUGUUAUUAGUAUUCAGAGAAUACAUGCAUGAUAACAUGCAAUUGUAAAUGGGAAUAUUAAGGAAUAUGCAUUCGUGAAUAGUUGGUCUAAUACAAGUGUGUGAGUGAGUGAGUGAGUGAGUGAGUGAGUGAGUGAGUGAGUGAGUGAGUGAGUGAGUGAGUGAGUGAGUGAGUGAGUGAG